AUAAAGGGGCCCGAGAAGGCCGCGCAAGACUCGGCCACGGCGAACACCUCACGAGCCCUGGGUGCCCCGGGACACUAAGAAUCUGCCUCCCGUCACACUGCCACUUACCCCAGAGUCUCAAACUACCCUAGGGGAGGAGCCGGCUGGCGCCCGGCCACUUAGCCAGAGCCUCGGCCGGCCCGGGGCGAUCCGGCUGUCCAGCUAGCCCUCCUCCCGGGUUGCUCCCGCCUCGUCUCUUCCCUCCGCUCUCAGGUUCUUCCCGCCGCCUCCUUGGGCCCACCCAUCCUUCCAGUCCUCCCUGGCCGAGACUGCACGCUCGGCCGCUCUUACCGUGGGACCCGCGAGUGACACCCCCAGCGCAGAACCGAAGCCCUGCACGGCCCCGAAGGGGCAGAGAGGCCAGUUUGCCCGCAGCGUUAAGGCUCUAGGAUGACUGAUUUGAGAUUCCUCCAAACCUGAUCCAUGUCCCUGACCAGGUAGAUAGCACUCUUAGUACCAGCGAUCCAGAACCCCGACUGACCACACUGAAACAGGAUGCUUCAGCAGGUAAAUGGCCACAGUUCAGGCUCUGAUGCCCAAAAUCUGUCAUUCCUCAGAGAUGGUCUGCAGGAGUUCUUGGGUGGUGAUAUCCCAUUGCACCAGCUGGAUGACCUCACCAAGGUGAAUCCUGUGACACUUGAGUCAGUUCUGAGGUGCCUGCAGGCCCGGUACAUGGCAAACAAGUUCUACACCAAUGCUGGCUGUACCCUGGUAGCUCUGAACCCCUUCAAGCCUAUCUCUCCACUGUACUCACCAGAGCUAAUGAGAGAGUACCAUUCUGCACCACAGCCUCAGAAACUGAAGCCCCACAUCUUUACUGUGGGAGAACAGAGCUAUAGGAAUGUCAAGAGCUUGAUUGAGCCAGUCAACCAGUCCAUUGUGGUCAGUGGAGAGAGCGGUGCUGGAAAGACAUGGACCUCCCGCUGCCUGAUGAAAUUCUAUGCUGUGGUGGCUGCCUCGCCUACUUCAUGGGAGAGCCACAAGAUUGCAGAGAGGAUUGAACAGCGAAUCCUCAACUCCAACCCUGUCAUGGAAGCUUUUGGAAACGCAUGUACGCUCAGGAAUAACAACAGCAGUCGCUUUGGGAAGUUCAUUCAGCUCCAACUGAACAGGGCCCAGCAGAUGACGGGAGCUGCAGUCCAGACGUACCUCCUAGAGAAAACUCGUGUAGCCUGCCAGGCCUCCAAUGAGAGGAACUUCCACAUCUUCUACCAGAUCUGCAAAGGAGCCAGCGAGGAUGAGCGGCUCCAGUGGCAUCUUCCUGAGGGAGCUGCUUUCUCUUGGCUCCCCAACCCAGAGAAGACCUUGGAAGAGGAUUGUUUUGAGGUGACCAGAGAGGCCAUGCUCCAUUUGGGUAUCGACACCCCCACCCAGAACAACAUCUUUAAGGUCCUUGCUGGGCUGCUGCAUCUUGGCAAUAUCUGGUUUGCUGACUCAGAGGAUGAAGCCCAGCCUUGCCAACUGAUGGAGGAUGCCAAGUGCUCUCUCAGGACAUCAGCCUUGCUGCUGCAGCUCCAAGAGAACCUGCUCCUGGAGACACUAAGAAUCAGAACCAUCAAGGCAGGCAGGCAGCAACAGGUGUUCCGGAAGCCCUGCUCCCAAGCUGAGUGUGACACUCGUAGAGACUGUCUGGCUAAACUGGUGUACGCACGGCUGUUCGACUGGCUGGUGUCAGUGAUCAACAGUAGCAUCUGUGCAAGCUCAGACUCAUGGACUGCUUUCAUAGGCCUGCUGGAUGUAUACGGCUUUGAAUCAUUUCCUGACAACAGUCUAGAACAGUUCUGUAUCAACUAUGCCAAUGAGAAGCUGCAACAGCACUUUGUGGCUCACUACUUAAAGGCCCAGCAGGAGGAAUAUGCAGUUGAGGGCCUAGAGUGGUCGUUUGUCAACUAUCAGGACAACCAGGCCUGUUUGGAUCUCCUCGAAGGGAGUCCCAUCAGCAUCUGCUCCCUCAUAAACGAGGAAUGCCGCCUCAAUCGACCAAGCAGUGCAGCCCAGCUCCAGACACGCAUCCAGAGUGCCUUGGCAGGUAGCCCCUGCCUGGGCCACAAUAAGCUCAGCAGAGAGCCCAGCUUCAUCGUGAUGCACUUUGCAGGGCCUGUACGAUAUCACACAGCCAGCCUGGUAGAGAAGAACAAGGAUCCUGUCCCUCCUGAGCUAACUGAGCUCCUGCAGCAAUCCCAGGAUCCCCUGCUCACAGUGCUGUUUCCUACAAAUCCUAACAAGACCCAGGAGGAGCCCUCUGGCCAGGGCAGGGCCCCUGUAUUGACUGUGGUGUCCAAAUUUAAGGCAUCACUGGAGCAGCUCCUGCAGGUCCUACACAGCACCACUCCCCACUACAUUCGAUGCAUCAAGCCCAACAGUCAGAGCCAGCCACAGACCUUCCUCCGGGAGGAGGUCCUGAGCCAGCUGGAGGCUUGUGGCCUCGUGGAGAGCAUCCACAUCAGUGCUGCUGGCUUCCCCAUCCGGAUCUCUCACCAGAACUUUGUGGAGCGAUAUGCACUACUGAGAAGACUCAAUCCUCACACAUCCUCUGGCCUCUACAGCCACUAUCUUACCAAAAGGACUUCAGAAUGGCCUCCACCUGCCAAGGAGGCCACACUGCAGCCUCUCCUCCAAGACAUUCUCCACACUCUGCCAGCUUUAAUGCAGACCACGGCCACACAUGGUGACCCAGCUGAGGCCACAACAGCACCAGUACACUGCGGCAGGACCAAGGUGUUCAUGACUGACUCUGUGCUAGCGCUUCUGGAAUGUGGGCGUGCUCAGGUACUGGAGCAGUGUGCCCGCUGCAUCCAAUGUGGCUGGAGGCGACACCAGCACCGAAAGCAAGAGCAGCAGAGGCAGGCUGCAACACUCCUCCAAGCAGCCGUUCGUUCCUGGUUAACUCGGAAACAGAUCCAGAGGCUGCACACAGCUGCUACGGUUAUCAAGCGUGCAUGGCAGAAGUGGAGAACCAGAAUGGCUUUCCUUGCUUCUAAAGAACUGGAUGGAGUAGAAGAAAAGCAAGCUCCUGGUUUCAUGAGCUGUUCCCCACUGCCCCCAGCACAGACCAAGCUCCUGGGGGCAAUCAUCCGACUCUGGCCCCUGGGACUGGUACUGGCCAACGCAGGUGUGGGUGUGCGAGGCUUUCAGAGGAAGCUAGUGGUCUGUGCCUGCCUCCAGCUUCCCUCAAGCAGCCCCAGUAACUACAACAUCCAGACAGCACAACAAGACCAGGCUGGCAUCACGUCCAUCCGAGCACUGCCUCAGGGCUCGGUAAAGUUUCACUGCAGAAAGUCCCCACUUCCAUAUGCUGAUAUCUGCCCUGGACCUUCACCCUGUACUGUUACAGGUUUUAAUCAGAUUCUGCUGGAAAGACACAAGUUGAUCCACUGGUGACUUCUUCUCACCUACUUGGCUGGGUAAUCUUUAAAGCCUUUGUUUCUACAAGGCCUUUUUUGCCAGCUGCCUUGCCAAAGACAUUUAAUUAGCACACAGGUGCCAAACAAUUCUAAAGGCAACUCCAAAGAUUCUCAAAGCAACUCCAAAUGCACGCACAUACAGCCAACAGAUCCAGCCUGCAAGCCAGGGCUCUCCCGCCAGUGGACCAGCCUACCAAGCACUGGAAGGGUGCCAGGAUCCGCAGGGUCCGCAGAGACCUUCCCAUUUCACUACCUUUGUGGAUCAAAUGCAACUGGAGGCUCUCCAUACUGAGUGUUACCUGUUACUAGAGUGGAGCAGUCACAAGCACUUUAAAAAAGAAAACAGGCAAAGUCAACCUACAGUUGGCUCAGUAAUAGCUGAGGAAAACUUGACACUUAGUUGGGGGAGGGGAUAUUUAAUAAGUUCUUGAUUUAUUUAAAGUGAUUU